GCUACAACAAUGUGGUCUAACUUUGGCUUCGACAUGAAAUCCUGCAGGUACCUGCUGUUUCUGUGUCUUUUCUCCCGGUCUGUGGUGGAUUGUGCCGCUGAUGGAAAUGGAUACUUCAUGCAUGCCGACUUCUGGUGCAGCGUGCACUCCAGAGGCGGGCAGCAGGUGGAGUAUCUGAUCGACUGGUAUUUCAACAAAGAGUAUAUGAUGCAGUACAACAGCACAGUCGGGAACUGGACGGGCUUCACUCCGGCCGGAUUAAUCACUGCGUCCAAUUUUAAUGAGAACCAGGACGACGUUCUGCAGAGGAUAGUGGAGCGGCAGCUGAUCUGUGUCAACAAUGUUGGAGUGGUAUUGAACGUUACUGAGGAAAACAUGGCUGAACCCAGCGUCACUCUUGUGGAGACCACCAGCUCCAGGCACGACACCACGCUGGUGUGCAGCGCGUACGACUUCUACCCCAAACACAUCAGGGUGACGUGGCUCCGCGACGGACAGGAAGUGACCUCGGGCGUGUCCUUUAGCGAGGUGAUGACGGACGGAAACAUGACCUAUCAGGUCCACUCCUACCUGGAGAUCACGCCCGGCGGGAAGACUGGGGUCAGCUGUGUGGUGGAGCACGUCAGCUUAAAGGAGCCCAAGGUUUACAACUGGGACUCUUCCAUUAAUCGGUCCGAUGUGGGCUUCGUGGUUGGUGGCGUUUGUGCUCUGCUGUUGGGAGCAGUGUGUCUGUCCUCAGGACUGAUCAAGUACAGGAGGAAAUAUUAUAAUGUUUUAUAAGUCAAUGACAUUGUCAUGAGGAUAUUGUCAACCUGGACCACAUUUUACUCCCAUUUGAAAUAAUUAAAUAAGACUUUGUCCACAUUCUACGGAAGCCUUGAGAGGCAAGUGAGAAAAAAAAAUCUGGUGGUCCUUACUCACAUUACAGUCAUUUAGCAGACACUUUUAUCCAA